GACAGAUUCUGUAAUAGAUAUUAAUAAUGUUUGGAAUAAUGAGGAAGAUUAAAAUUAAUGGAUGCAUACAAUAUUUUUGAAAGUUAAUGGAAAAAAAUUUCAGAAGCUAUACCAGGAAAAACUGAAUUUUAAUGUAUUUAAAGAUGGGAAAUGUUAUAAGUAAGAGUUAUUUGUUAAAAAGAAUGAAUAAUUAACAAUAUGGACAAGAGAGGAAGAUGAAUAAUUAAUACAAUUAGUGUUAAAAUAUGGUGAAGAUUGGAAAUAAUUAGCUUUAAUAAUGAAAAAUAAAAUUCAAACUCAAAUUGAAACUAGAUUUAUCGAUUUAAAUAUAAUAUUUAAUAGUCAACCUUGGAAUGAAGAAGAAGAAGAUAAUAAAUUACUUGAUUUAUUUGAUUAAUAUGGAACAAAGUGGAACUAAAUAGCAAAAUUAAUGAAAGAUCGAUCUGUAAAGAAAUUUGAUUUAAUUUUUAGGAAAUAGAGGUAAAGUAUAGAUAUUAUACAAAGCAUAAAAUUUCAGAUAAUCAAAUGA